CUGGAGUUAAUUAAAACCGAGCCAAACCGGAUUCAAUCAAGUAUCGAGAAAAUAAACCGAUCGGUUUAUUACAUGUAGAAAAAAAAAAUUGAUCCUUUCCUUUCGUGUGAGAGUGAACAAAAGAAGCAAAUCCACCACCUCACGAUCUGAACAACCCCUCCCGGAGCGACUCGGUCGUGUGACUCAGUCCGAGUGAACUACCCUCCGAGUUUCAAUUUUUUUUCUCCCUCCUCGAUUCAACAACCAUGGACAUGAACUCGAUGGCCGCUUCGAUCGGCGUAUCCGUCGCCGUCCUCCGAUUCCUCCUCUGCUUCGUCGCGACGAUCCCCGUCUCCUUCGCCUGGCGAAUCGUCCCGAGUCGACUCGGUAAACACAUCUACGCCGCCGCUUCGGGCGUUCUCCUCUCGUACCUCUCCUUCGGGUUCUCCUCGAAUCUCCACUUCCUCGUCCCGAUGACGAUCGGAUACGCUUCCAUGGCGAUCUGUAGACCAAAGUGUGGGAUCAUCACUUUCUUCUUAGGUUUCGCUUAUCUCAUCGGAUGUCAUGUGUUUUAUAUGAGUGGUGAUGCGUGGAAAGAAGGAGGGAUUGACUCCACUGGAGCGUUAAUGGUGUUAACGCUGAAAGUAAUCUCGUGUUCGAUUAACUAUAACGAUGGGAUGUUGAAGGAGGAAGGGCUACGUGAAGCUCAGAAGAAGAAUAGACUAAUUGAGAUGCCUUCUUUGAUUGAGUACUUUGGUUACUGUCUCUGUUGCGGUAGUCACUUUGCUGGUCCUGUUUACGAAAUGAAAGAUUAUCUCCAAUGGACUGAGGGGAAAGGAAUUUGGGGUACUAAGCAGCCAUCACCUUAUUUAGCUACACUGCGAGCUAUCUUUCAAGCUGGGAUUUGUAUGGGUCUGUAUCUCUAUUUAGUGCCUCAGUUUCCGUUGACUCGGUUCACCGAGCCCGUGUACCAAGAAUGGGGAUUUUGGAAGAAGUUUGGGUACCAGUACAUGGCGGGACAAACGGCUCGUUGGAAGUAUUACUUCAUAUGGUCAAUCUCGGAGGCGUCUAUAAUCAUCUCUGGUUUGGGUUUCAGUGGUUGGACUGAUGAUGCUUCACCAAAGCCUAAAUGGGACCGUGCCAAGAACGUAGACAUUCUCGGUGUUGAACUUGCUAAGAGUGCGGUUCAGAUUCCGCUUGUUUGGAACAUACAAGUCAGCACCUGGCUCCGUCACUAUGUGUAUGAGAGACUAGUGAAGAGUGGGAAGAAAGCAGGUUUCUUCCAGUUACUAGCUACACAAACCGUCAGUGCGGUUUGGCAUGGAUUGUAUCCUGGUUACAUGAUGUUCUUUGUUCAAUCAGCUUUGAUGAUCGCUGGCUCAAGAGUUAUUUACCGGUGGCAACAAGCUAUCAGUCCAAAGUUAGCAGUGGUGAGAAGUAUCAUGGUGUUUAUCAACUUCCUUUACACCGUUUUGGUUCUCAACUACUCAGCCGUUGGUUUCAUGGUUUUAAGCUUGCACGAAACGCUCACUGCUUACGGAAGCGUAUAUUACAUUGGAACAAUCAUACCUGUUGGAUUGAUUCUCCUCAGUUACGUUGUUCCUGCCAAACCCUAUCGAUCAAAGCCACGCAAAGAAGAAUAAACUGUUGUCUUCUUGUUCGUGUAACAUUGGGAACUAACCCGUCCGGUUCUUGUUUCUUUCUGAUUUUAUGUUACAGAUUGUUUCGUUUGUUUUUCUUUCAUAUAUUUCUGUUGCUUAUAAAUUUCUUUUUUUUAUCAAGUUUCUUUUAUAGAAAGAAUCUGCAGUUAUAUCUACAGUUAAAAGUAUAAUCAUGUGAAUAAUGUGGAAACAUAUAGUGUGUACCAUAAAGAUUGCAAAGUAAUUUUCCAGGAGAUGGUAUCUCGAGAUGCUCAUCCUGAUAUUGUGACG